CUGGUUACAAAACUGACGCUAUCGUUAGUUAAUGGUUAUGUCAAAUGCCACAAUUCAUUGUUAAUGACACGACGCAACCGGAAUUUCUUUCUUUUCACAGUUUUUAACAGUUUACAGUGGCCAAAAAAAGUUUUUGAAUAGAAAAGAAGUGAUUGCAGGCAGAAAAGAGUAGGCGGCAUGGAAAACAGCUAUAAUGUCGCAAAGCUUGAUAUGUAUGAUGAAGGCUAUAUUCCACCAGCGGAGGGCCACAUGUCGGUUCCGAUGCCAUCGAAUAACCUAGAAAGUGACACCUUUAACACACUGGAUGAACCAAUAAGCGAAACAAUAAAACGAGAUCUAAGGGCUGUUGGGACGAAAUUCAAACAUGUUUUAUAUCCAGUAGAAAAGAAAAGCCUUUUAAAAGAAUGGGACUUAUGGGGUCCACUUAUCCUAUGUACUUUUAUGGCAAUGUUUCUACAGGGGUCAGAAAGCAUAGAUUCACAUGACGGUGGGCCAGAAUUUGCUGAGGUCUUUGUGAUAGUGUGGAUCGGGAGUGUAGCUGUGACACUUAACUCGAAGCUGUUGGGUGGACGCAUAUCGUUUUUCCAGAGUGUGUGUGUUCUCGGAUAUUGUCUUUUGCCCACUUCUUUGGCAUUAAUUGUAUGCAGGCUCAUUUUGUUCUUUACUCAAUCAAAUCUUCUGUUUUUCCUGAGGCUCGUUGUCACAACCUGCGGAUUCUUGUGGGCCACUUUAGCUGCUGUGGUUUUCCUUGGAGAUAGCCAACCGCCUAGAAGGAAAGCCCUUGCCGUAUAUCCUAUUUUUCUCUUUUACUUUGUUAUUUCUUGGAUGGUUUUAUCACAUAAUGGCAACUAAUUUAUUUUAAUUGGAAUAUGUAUUAUCAGUAAAAAAACAACUUGUCUGAAUA